UGCAGUUAGUGACUGAGAGAGUAAAAUGGGUGGACGGAAAGUCCCCGUGUGGAAAUCCCCUUGACUUGGAGUUUUUUUUCUCCUUUUUUUAAAAACGAGCACCAGCGGAUGAGUGUAGUCUUUCGAAAGGACUCCUCCGAGCCACCAGAGCUCUGAAUAAGACGUUAUAGUGGAGGGGGGAGAAAAAAAAAGAGAGGCUUGAAUGGCGCCGAGAGCCGCAGCGGUGAGGCUGAGUGAAGUGGCUGAGAGUGGACUAGCCUGAGCAUCCGGGGAGGCUUUGUUAUCACCCACCCCCCUCCCCCGACAUAUUACACAGAUUUCACGUUGCUCCAUCAUCGCCGCUUAGUGUCUCGUCCUCCUCCUCGAUCCUCUUCCUCCCUUCCUUCCACUCUCCCGUCCGUCCGCCAUGUCGCAGGGCCAGAACUUCCUCCCCAAAUUCCUGUUCGUGUCCAACCUACUGAAAGCGGUGAAGAUCCGUCAGCGCGUCCCCAACGACGUGGUGAAGCCCGCCACCAGCGGGGGCCUCAUGCACCACCUGCGGGGGAUGCACCGCUACACGCUGGAGAUGAUCGCCAUGAACCACUUCCCCCAGGCCUUCAGGGAGGUGGUGCAAGCCGCUAUCCUGGACCGGGCCAUGCAGGCGUCUUUGGAGCAGGAGAAGAAGCUCAACUGGUGUCGGGAACUGAAGAAGAUGGUGCCGCUGCGCACCAACGGAGACGGGAACUGUUUGCUGCAUGCAGCUUCGCAGUACAUGCUCGGCGUCCAGGACACAGACCUGGUUCUCCGCAAAGCUCUCCACGGCGUUCUGAAAGAGACGGACACGGCUGUGUUCAAGGCUCGUUUCCAGGCGGAGCUGCUGCAGUCGCAGGAGUUCACCCAGACAGGACUGAGAUACACCACUAUGAACUGGGAAGACGAGUGGGACAAGAUCGUAAAGAUGGCGUCUCCGGUCUCUAGUAGCAAUGGGCUCCAGUUUGACUCCCUGGAAGACAUUCACAUCUUCAUCCUCUCCAACAUCCUCCGCAGACCCAUUGUCGUCAUCGCAGACCAGGUGGUGAGGAGUAUGAAAUCUGGCUCCUCCAUCUCCCCUCUGAAUGUGGGUGGGAUUUAUCUGCCUCUACACUGGCUGCCCACGGAGUGCUACAAAUACCCGAUAGUGCUUGGCUAUGACUCGCAACACUUCGCACCCCUCAUCACCGUCAAAGACAGCGGUCCAGAGAUCCGCGCUGUUCCGCUGAUCAACCCUAAGAGGGUGGGCUUCGAGGAGCUGAAGGUCCAUUUCCUGACAGAGAAGGAGCAAACGCAGAAAGAGCGGCUGCUUAACGACUACCUGCAACUCAUAGAGAUCCCCGUCAUCGGUUUGGGUCAUGAAACCGCGUGGAUCAUGAAAGCUGCAAAGCUGGAUGAGGGUAACCUUCCUGAAGACAUGAACCUGAUGGAGGACUACCUGCAGCUGGUCAACCAUGAGUACCAGCGCUGGCAGGAGGACAAAGAGCAGGCCUGGGCCGCCCAGCCGCAGCGACCGCCGCCUUUCUCUGUGUCCCAGCUCUCCCUCAUCGAGAUCCGCUGUGCCACCCCGAGGUGCACCUUCUACGUCUCCGUGGACACGCAGCCUCAUUGCCACGAAUGCUUUGAGAAGCGACAGGCCACCACAGGAGGCGGGGCCAGGAUAGAAGGGGUGGUUCAGACCAAGGGCGUUCAGGGAGGACUGGGAAUGAUGGCAGGAGCGGAGACGGAGGUGAGCUCCAGAGGAGCCCGAAGCAGCAGCCCUCCUUGCUCUUCCUCUGGGAGAGGGGUGGUGCUGUCGAGUCCUCGCUCGGCCCCGCCCACCGCACCAAGCCUCAGCCUUUACAGCGAAACACACGCCAUGAAGUGCAAAACACCCGGCUGCCUCUUCACCCUCAGCGUGGAGCACGACGGCCUCUGCGAGCGCUGCUUCAACGCCAGGCAGAACCACGGGCCCCCCGGGGCUGGAACGGCUGCUACAGGACCCCCGGCCUCAAACGGGGCGCCUAUCGCUUCCCACCCGGCCCAAGGCCCUGGCUGGACCCAGUGGGCGGGCUGCGACUCGGAGACGGAGCGAUGCAGCAUGUGCAGGCAGGAGGUGUUCAGGAUAUUCAACGGCCUGUGUCCGCCCUGCAUGCAGAGGCAGCAGGCCCCAGAGAGGGGGGAGCCGCAGCAAGGCAACCACAGGACUGAGGCCUCGGCUUGGAGCCAGGCCAGAGACAUUGAGCAGCCGUGCCUCACCCUCACCCCAGCACACACGUCCGCCUGGCAGACUCCUCUGGCCCAGCGCUGUAAACGAUCCGGCUGCCAGUUCUUUGGGACUCCGGAGAAAUUGGGUUUCUGCACUAUUUGCUAUGUAGACUAUCAGACCAACCACCGCUUGACUCCUCCCCCUCCUGCCCCAGUCCAAAGCAGGCGAGGUUUGGAGACGGGUUUCCAGAACGCAACGCGGUGUCGGGGGUCCGGGUGCGGGGCGGUGGGCAAGGCGAUGCUGGAGGGCUACUGUGAUAAGUGCUACGUCAAAGAGCAAAGCGCACGUCUUAAUCAAGUGGCGCAUCGAACGCCACACUCCCCCCCUCUGGUCAUGCGUGACCGAGCAGCUAAACCCAGAUCCUCGCAGCAAUCCCAAACCCAGACCCAGACUCAGUGCCGGCGGAGCGGCUGCAGCAACGUGUCCCCGGGUUGCACGGACCUCUGCCCGGAGUGCCACACGCGAGGCCAGGGCAGGGAAGCAGGCAGGCGGGCGCAGGCGCCCAAGGAAAAAUCCAAGCAGAAGUGUCGGACGCAGGGCUGCGACCACUAUGCCAACCAAGAGAAACAGGGCUACUGCAACGAGUGUGACCACUUCAAACAGAUCUACCGCGGCUGAGCGCGCCGCAGCACACCACGCCGACGAGGACGACCACACAUUGGUAGCAAGAUGGAGCCUCCGCCCUGCAGCGGGCUCCCCAUGCCAGUCAAUGCACCUCUGAUACUAACUAACCAACUAACUAACUAGCUAGUGACUAACUAGUAACCUUAUGGCCUGAAAAUCAACCCCCUCCCCUAAUGUCGAAUGUGAAGAGAGUGUGUGUCCGAGGGGGAGGGGAUGAAUGAGUGUGUGUUUUGUUUUUUUGUUUGUUUGUUUGUUGUUUUUUUUGCUGUAGACAUGGCCUCCAGAAUACCUCUUUGUGCAAUUAUUAUCAUCUGAUUCGCUGUGUGCUCUUACACGGCCCGAGGUUUGGCUCCAUGUCCGAGCAACUGACUGAACCCUUAUGUACAGUAUGUAUUUAGAGGUACGUAGGGAAUCGUGCCGGACAAAAUGAUUGUAUAUUGGCUUAACAAGAAGCAUCUGACAUUGCUUUAUAGACCACAGCCAAGGAUUUUUACCGUGUCUGUCUGUCUUAACCCACCUGUGUUAUCCGUCUGCCUGUCUGUCUAGCGUUUGCUCUGUUUUGAAGUGAUAGAUGCAGUAGUUCGGAAAGCCUGGCUAAGAAGUCAGAGGAAGUAAGAAGCAGAAGUGAAAUCAAACUGAGCAGAUGCAAUGGUCCUCACAUGUUUGGAGUUCAAUUGGCCUAAAUCUGUCCUUAGGCAUGGGCCGGUGUGAGAAUAAGAAAAUAUGUCAACCUUGACUUAAAAUACAGUUUUGCACACGAAUGUUUGAGGCAAGAGGUACUUGUUUUUGUUGAAGAAAACAGAAAAAGAAAUAGUUCUGGUAGCUGCUAAGUCUCUUUGAAUAUGAGAAAAAAGCAAAGAAUGCAAUAAUGUUUGCUUUUCCAGUUUAUUAGUUCUGAUUCAUGAAAGAUUAAAACAAGCUUCAAUUUCUAAGAAAUUCUCCACCUCAAACAAAAUAAAAAGUCUUUUUUACCACUGAUUUAUGAUUAGAUUAGUGUAUCUUUGUUUGGUGACAUCACUUUUGAUUUCGUGAGGAGCUUAACUGAUCAUUUUGGAAACAUUUUUUGUUAAUUUUUUAUUUUAGAACCAGUGCCGAUUUUGAUCCACAGAAACCAGCCCAUGCCUCUAUGUUUAAGUCCUAUUUGCCAAAAGAUCAGUUUUAUACGAUUCUCAAAUAAUGAUUACCUUCUAUUGCUCAGUUUUCCUUUUCAAGUAAAACCCAUAAACUACCACUUCUGCAGGUUACCUAGCUUGAAAUGGAAAGGGAAAUCAAGCCGUGCGACUAAACGGAGCGAGACAGACAGGGCAGGUCCCUGCUAGUUUUGGUGCUACAUGUACAGAAACAUGAGCCUUUCCCCAUCGUAGCCGACACGCUGGUGUCAGCGGCCCAGAAGGCAGAGCACACACUGAAGACAGAACUCAUCCUAUUCCUCCUUUCCUUCUUCUCCAAAACAGAUCUGUUGCCUUGGACAUUGUUUUCAUGUUUACUUGCAAUUUAAGCACCUAGAAACAUUUACACGCACACAUACUGUAUUGUAGUAGUUCCGGUCCUACCAGUGAGACACAUGACACACAUUUGCACAUGCAAACGCAGCUCCGGUGAGAUUGUAAACACGACCCCUGGCGACGCGUCAGUCAAUAAACCCUUAAAAGGUUCAUUGCUCUUUUUUCGCUCCAGUCGGAUAUAUGGGAAUGAGUAUGGGGCGUCUGAGAGCAAUCCCAUCUGAAUGUGUUUAGUGCCGUUUUUCUCGUGACGGCGCUGCUAUCGGGGCUCAUCUUUGAUAAGUUUUGCCUUUAAGUACUUCUGAAAUGUUACAGACCAUAAUAGGUGUGUUGGGGGCCUGAUGGGUGUCACAGAUCAGCCCUCCCACCUUUCAAAAUGGUUUUGUGAAUAUGGAACCUAGUCCAUAUUGUAGGACCUUCCAACCCGAUGCCUCAUUUUACAACACAAACAGCAGAAUGCACGGCUCUGUGCGUCUGUAUGAUACACACACAGACAAAACUGACAUUUCUGUUUUUCCUUUUGUUGGUUUUGGAAGUUUUUAAUGUAUUUUGAUAAAUUUGUUUGUUUUUUUUCUUCUUUUUGCCAAAAGACAAAAAAAAAAAAAGAAAAAAAUGUGCCAUCAAAACAGUUGUUGUUACCUCCUUAAAACGGCCAGCCUGGGUUAUUCUAGACAAACUUAAAAGUGCCACAUAUUGACAUCUCCGAUCCUAUGUUACCUUACAUGAAGAUUCCCCUUUUCUUUCCCUGAAUGUCUGUUUGGUUUGACCAGUGAGAAAAUAUGUAUCUGCAGAUACCCUGAAAAGCAACAGUCAUUCGCCUCAGACCGCUGCCAAACGCCCACUCCUCUAGAUGUCCAUCUGUGGCUGUAGUGUAGAAAUGACAACCAGGCUCCCGGUCUGCCUUUUUCAUUCAACUGUAACUGAAGCUGUCGGGCCAGCCCACACAUGCUGACGGCCCGUGCGUAGAUCUCUGUGCUUUAAUCACCUCUAGACGAACCUUAAUCAAUUAAAGACCAAUUAGCGGUCAGCUCAUCGGGACCCAUCCUAACAGAUUUUUGGAGGUGGGUUCUGACAUGUUUUUUUUGUUUUGUUAUUUGCCUGGGAAGAGAUCAUAUAAAUUGCACAUAAUUUGUCUAAGCUGCUGAGGCAUUUAGGACUUGUCUAGGGACAUUCCACCGGUAGAGAAAGCAUUGGUUUAAAGCAGAAGGUGUAACAAAACAUGCAAAUUGUUUGGAGGUUUCUUUUGACAGUAGGAUAUUGUAUGAAAAAAAAGCCUGGUUUUAUUUGUUAAGUAUUUAUUCAUAUCAAAAUAUCUGUAUUGUGUGAUUCAAUAAUUUAUAUGUUGUGAAAAUAUGAA